UUUCUUCUACGCGUUUUCGUACACAAAUAACAGCUACUGAAUUUAGUCGGCGUUUCUUCUACGCGUUUCCGUCAUCGAUUCCCUCUUCUCUCACAAUUCCUCUGCGCUUGAGGUUCAACAACACCAAGCCUAACUUAAAUCCUCUGUUUUCAUUGCUUGUCUUUCACUGUUUUCUAUUUGUUCUGUUGAGUCUAAUUCCAUGGCAUCUAAUUCUACCACUUCUGAUCAACACGAGAGGGAGUCUACAAGCACUUCUCAAGGAUCUGCACCCUCCCCACAUGCUUCUGUAAACUCAUCGUCCCGAUGCUUGUUUUCAUCCUGCUUUGACUGGGUUUUCUCGUUUAUUCCAUGGCGUUCAGUUCAAUCCAAUUCCAUAACAUCUUCUUCUACUACUGAUCUAAUACCAGAGAACAGGGAUAUGGAUGCUUUUGAGGGAAUUACAUCAUCUGCAUCUAUUUCUACCUCUUAUCGUAUACCGGAAAGAGAAGUUAUGGGUGCUUCAGAGGGAAUCGUACCAUCUGCAUCUGCAUCUACCACUGGUCCUACAUCAGGGAGCGAAAGUGAGGUUAUGGGUGUAUCUACAUCUACCACUGGUCUCAUAUCAGGGGGUGAGAGUGGGGUUGUGGGUGCAUCUAUAUCUGCAACUGGUACUUUACCAGAGAGCGAGAGCGAGAUUAUGGGUGCUUUCGAGGGAAUCACGCCAUCUGCAUCUACUUCGACCACUGAACGUAUACCAGAGAACGAGGAUAUGGGUGCUUUUGAGGAAAUCGCGCCACCGCUAUCCACUUUUGCUUCAACACUCAGUAAAAAGCCGUGUUACGAUGUAUUCAUCAAUCAUCGUGGACCAGAUGUCAAACAGACACUAGCUAGCAGUAUCUACAAUAUCCUCGACAACAUGGGUGUGACAGCUUUUUUGGAUUCAGAGGAGUUGGAAUAUGGCGACUUCUUACCUACAACAUUACAAGCAGCAAUGCGCAGUGCCUUGCUUCAUGUAGCAAUUUUUUCUCCAAAUUAUGCAAAAUCAGCCUGGUGUUUGGCAGAACUGUCUUUUAUGCUUAAAACUGGUGCCAAAAUUCUUCCUAUUUUUUACAAUGUAAACCCCACUGAUCUCAGAUGGGUAGCUCAAGGAAAAGGAGUGUAUGUUGAUGCCUUCCUGCAGUAUGAAAAUAAGCGUAGAUACAGCCCAGAAAAACUGGCGGAGUGGAAAAAGGCACUCCACGACGUCUCAUUUUACACAGGUGGAAUCAUCGACAAUAAUGAUGAUGAGGCGAGGGUGCUGAAGAAUAUUGCGAGUUGUGUUUUGAAAGUAAAACAAGACGUGCCGUUGGUGGUUGCAAAACAUCCAGUCGGUCUCAAAGAAACAGUUCAAGAUUUUGAGAUGACUAUGCUCCAAUCUGCUGAACGUGACCAAGGUAUACAAAUUGUGGGAGUUUGGGGGAUGGGUGGAUCCGGCAAAACCACCCUUAUAAAAGAGAUUUACAAUAAGAUAUCUUCUUCGAUGGAGAGGUCCAGUUUUCUAUUUGAUGUUCGAGAUGCGGCAGCCAAAGGCAUGUUACAUGACAAGCAAAAGAAGCUCCUCAGAGAUCUUGGCGCCCGAGGAGUGGAAUUUGAUAACAUUGAAGAAGGUAUAGGAGUACUUUCAAGGCAUUUGAGAUAUGUUAGGGUUUUGAUUGUUCUCGAUGAUGUGGAUCAUGUGGAGCAGCUGGAUGCUCUAUUGCCCACCAAAGGCAGUCUUGGAAGAGGGAGUCUCAUCAUUGUUAUCACAAGGGACAUAGACAUUCUUAAAUCUUGGGGGAUCUCUUCGGUAUAUAAAAUGAAAGCAUUGGAUCCGAAGCAUGCAGAGCAACUAUUUUGUUGGCAUGCAUUCUUACAAGCCUAUCCACUGAACGGAUUUGAUGAACUUGUUCAAAAGUUCUUAAUAGAAUGCAACGGGUUACCUCUGUCUCUUAAGGUAUUUGGAGGACAGCUAUAUGGGGAGUCCCGCAAAGAGUUCUGGGAGUUGCAGCUGGAUAAGAUAUCAAGAAUAUUGCCUGGUGAUAUCAUACAAAGGCUCAAAGUAAGUUAUGAUACCCUUGACAGUGAAGAGAAAGGGAUGUUUCUUGACACUGCAUGUUUUUUCAUUGGAGAAGAGAGUAGAUUGGCAAUUGAAGUAUGGGGUGGAUUGAGGUGGAGUGGUUUGCGCAGUUGGGAAAGGCUGCUGCAUAAAUGUUUGGUUGAGAUUGAUGAUAGCAAUCGUAUAAGAAUGCAUGACCAUUUAAGAGAUCUGGGAAGAGAGAUUGCCAAUCAACAAUCACCUUACCGACUUUGGUUUCCCCAACAAAUCAUUGAUGUUCAAGAUAAAGAAGAGAAAAGAAUUGGUGUUCAAGGAAUAAAGGCCACUACAACUCAAAUACUGUGGACUUCUUAUGUGGAAGAUGGAAAGCCCUUUCCAGUUAUGGCCGAAGUAACUGGUGAGGUUGAUGACUUUCGUUGUUGCUCUGCGGACGGGGAACUCAUGGUUAAUACAAAUAGAGGAAUUUGGCCGCUCGCACCCUCUUUUGUUGGACUAAAAUUUUUUGUUAUCAAAGGAGAUUAUUUUAAUCAAGUAAUGGGCCAAGUAUCAAGCGAGCUGCUCUGGCUUCGCUGGUUCGAAAUUGGGCAGCGAAAUCUUCCAUCAGGGCUUUCAUUGAAGAAGUUGAGGGUUUUAGAAAUUUUUGAAGGAAAGUCAGGGAAAAAUCACUUAGAAGAGCUUUGGGGGGAGACAGAUGGCGAGGCACCUGAGUUAAGAGAAUUGCUUAUUUCUGAAUGCCACAAAUUCAGAGGUUUUCCAAAGUCAAUAGGAGGUCUCAAGAAUUUGAAAAGAAUAGUAAUCAUAGAGAGCUUCGAAAUAAGCAGCCUCCCUGAAGAAUUUUGUCUCCUCCAUUCGCUGGAAUACCUGGUUUUAUUUCGCUGCAGAAGGCUAUCAUCACUGCCCAGCAAUUUCGGCAAUUUGAGAAAUCUGCGGCAUCUAAGUUUGUGCUAUUGCGGGAAGAUGAGAAAGUUACCGGUUUCUUUAAAAAAUCUCAGGCUCCUGGAAUAUCUCAAUUUAGCGGGGUGUAGUCAACUCACAUUUACAUCAGAGGAUUUGAACAUUCUGGAAAACAUGACAAAGCUUGAGUUUUUCAGCCUUUAUCGGUGCAAGCAAUUGGAAGAGUUGCCUCGCCACAUUACAAAUCAAGCUUCCUUGAGGGAGCUCAAUUUAAAUGUUCCUAGUUUAAGGGAGCUACCGGAUGACAUCGGCCAACUCAGCAGGUUGAAAGAGAUGAGCAUAGCAAGCGUGUUGUUGACAAGCUUGCCGGUCUCUCUUGGAGAUUUGUCUUCCCUGGCUAAUCUUUCAAUUCAAGGUUGUCCUAAACUGGAAUGUCUACCAGACUCUGUGGGGAACCUUAGUCUCUUAAAGGAAUUAGAGAUAGAAAAAUCAGGAGUGAAAUUUCUACCAAAAUCAUUUGGGCAACUGAAUAACCUUCAAAGAUUGUACAUAUCAAAUUGCCCAAUCAGGGAUUUGGAUUUUACGGCGGGGUCAUCACCUUUUGCAUUUGGUAACCUGAUGCAGAUAUAUCUAGCGAGAACAGAAUUGUGCAGGAUUUCAAUUUCUGAAGACUGUUGCCCCCGCUUGGAAAGUCUCACUGUUAAAACUAAUCCUCAUUUAAGGGAGAUCGGAGCUCUGCCAGGGACGCUCAAGUCAUUAUCAUUGGAGGAGUGUGGAAUGCUGAAGAACAUUCCGAGUUUUGCUCAAUUAACUUCUCUCCAAACUUUUGAACUAAGAUCUUGCUACCAAAUUGAGAAAGUUCAAGGUUUAGAAAAUUGGACAAAGUUGGUAAGCUUGACAGUAGACACCCGCUGGGAGGUGCGCGGUAUUGAAAGCUUGAAACACAUGGAGAAACUAUGGAAGCUGCAUCUCAGGGCAAACAGGGGAUCAGCUAUUGAACGUUGCAUUCAAACGGUACAGAAAUGGCCAGAUGAAAUACAAAUAUGUUCGUGGGCAGUUCCUGAUGCGGCCUCACUUGUAGACUCCUUACUCUCUCCGAAUUUUGUGUCCAUUGACUCUUUGUCUAACCAGAAAAUUCAGUCCAGGCCAAAAUUGGUGCAGAGGUGCCCCUCCACAGGAGAUGCCAUUAUGCUCUGUUUUGUUAUAAAUUGUGUUUCUUCACAUAUGAUGUUCUGUGAGUCUGGAUCACAACUAGUAGAUUUGUCUGAGGGAAGAUGGGUAUGGAUAGGUGUCUUUACACGACGUUGCAGUUCCAGCUGGUUUGCUACUGAAUUCUCAAUUGAAGGGUACGGAGGAGAGCGUGAAGAGGAGGAUGAAGUGGAGAAAGGUUUGGUUGUCAGAGGGGAAGAGCAAAGAAUAGUAGAGGCAUUUCACAGCUUAUUACCACUUUUACAAAGUUGAAAACCAAACAAAAGCAAAAUUUUCCUCCUGAAGAUUUACAAUAGAGCAUCAUUUCUCCCAAAGUAGGUCGUCAUAAUUUGGUUGCUUUUGUGUUGGGAGUUCUUAUUAUCUAAAUCAAAGAAUGGAGGAGUUGAGCAUCUUAAUUUUGGGCCUCCCAAAAUUUUGUGGUAAUUUUAAAUUAUUCUAAAUUUUUGACAGCAAUUUAUUUGUAAAAUUUCUUGCUUAUGAUUACAGUUUUGGCAUCAAUAUGCUUUCUUUU